AGGCGCAUGCGCUGCCUGGCCUGGAGAGGCCCAUUUCCGCCCGUCGUGGGGGGAGGCACAGUGAGUCCACUGGGGCACGGCAGCGUCUAAGUCACAAGCCGAGCACACAAGCCAGGUCCUAACGGAGCCUAUGUGUAAGUCCACUACUGGUGCGAGGUUGCACACUUCUAAGAAGAGCGGCGUGGGGGGCUCGGCGACCUUCGCUUCAGUCGCUCCCCCGUGCAGUCCCCUGUGCCCAAGACACAGCCUGAUGCUUGUGCUCCGGUGGGCGGAGCUUGGAGGCGGCGGAAACUGCAAUUGGUGGCUUUGAAGGCGCGGCGAGCGGGAACAGCCCCAGAGGAGUGAGCCUGCAGGAGAUGUGGGCCGUGCCAAAGAGAUGGAUGAGACUGUUGCUGAGUUCAUCAAGAGGACCAUCUUGAAAAUCCCCAUGAAUGAACUGACAACAAUCCUGAAGGCCUGGGAUUUUUUGUCUGAAAAUCAACUGCAGACUGUAAAUUUCCGGCAGAGAAAGGAAUCUGUAGUUCAGCACUUGAUCCAUCUGUGUGAGGAAAAGCGUGCAAGUAUCAGUGAUGCUGCCCUGUUAGACAUCAUUUAUAUGCAAUUUCAUCAGCACCAGAAAGUUUGGGAUGUUUUUCAGAUGAGUAAAGGACCAGGUGAAGAUGUUGACCUUUUUGAUAUGAAACAAUUUAAAAAUUCGUUUAAGAAAAUUCUUCAGAGAGCAUUAAAAAAUGUGACAGUCAGCUUCAGAGAAACUGAGGAGAAUGCAGUCUGGAUUCGAAUUGCCUGGGGAACACAGUACACAAAGCCAAACCAGUACAAACCUACCUACGUGGUGUACUACUCCCAGACUCCGUACGCCUUCACUUCCUCCUCCAUGCUAAGGCGCAAUACACCGCUUCUGGGUCAGGCGCUGACAAUUGCUAGCAAACACCAUCAGAUUGUGAAAAUGGACCUGAGAAGUCGGUAUCUGGACUCUCUUAAGGCUAUUGUUUUUAAACAGUAUAAUCAGACCUAUGAAACUCACAACUCUACGACACCUCUACAGGAAAGAAGCCUUGGACUAGAUAUAAAUAUGGAUUCAAGGAUCAUUCAUGAAAACAUAGUAGAAAAAGAGAGAGUCCAACGAAUAACUCAAGAAACAUUUGGAGAUUAUCCUCAACCACAACUAGAAUUUGCACAAUAUAAGCUUGAAACAAAAUUCAAAAGUGGUUUAAAUGGGAGCAUCUUGGCUGAGAGGGAAGAACCACUCCGAUGCCUAAUAAAGUUCUCUAGCCCACAUCUUCUGGAAGCAUUGAAAUCCUUAGCACCAGCGGGUAUUGCAGAUGCUCCACUUUCUCCACUACUCACUUGCAUACCCAACAAGAGAAUGAAUUAUUUUAAAAUUAGAGAUAAAUAAGACAUGCGUGGUUUCUUAAGCACAGCUCCUCCUUCUUGAUACUGCACAUGCACUUCAGUUCAUGGCUAGCUGUAUAGCUUCCGUCUGUAAACUUGUAUUUUCAAGAAUCCUUGGUAUUGAAUUUUUAGAAAUGCUCACAUAAUUGUUGGGACUGAUUCAUUCCUCCACGAUAUGCCUCCUCUCUCCGAUACACUGCUAACUGUAGCCAUUGUGGCAUUUGAGAUGACAGGACAUAUAUAUAUAUAUGGCCCCACACUUGACCUUGAGUGCCUGAGUGCUCUGAAAUCAAGCAUAUGGCACAGCGCUCAAGACUUUUGGGUUUGUGUCCUUUUUUCUAUGGCUGUCUCUUCUCAAUUCUGGAGAGGUCUGGUUCCAGUGGCUGGUUUCCAGGGAUUGAUUCUUAAGCUCUGGAUCACAGAGAGAAGCAACAAGGAGCUAUACUCAACUCAAAACUUUUUAGGAGAAUCAUGAAAUUGGUCUAUUCAAAGGAUGGAGUUGAGUCCAUUGUGUUAUUGUUGCAAGAGGUUGCAUAUUUGGUGAGUCAGUUAUAUAAAAUAAUGUUCUUAUUGUAAAUAUGAUACUUCUCAUAAUCUAUUUUAUCAUGUGUAUAACAUUCAAACUGACAAAUAUUAUACUGACUUAUGAAUAAAGGUGUCAAAAAACUGGCACAUCAGUUAAUUUUGAUCAAAGUACUUCAGUGAUCAUCACUAAAUACCCUAUCUUUUUAAAAAAUUUUUCCUUUCUAAUUUUUUAUUUCUUUAUUUAUUUAUUGAGACAGGGUCUCACUGUGUCACCCAAGCUGGAGUGCAGUGGCAUGAUCAUGGCUCACUGCAGCCUGGACCUCCCAGGCUCAAGUGAUCCUUCCACCUCAGCCUCCCGAAUAGCUGGGAUUACAGACGUGCUCCAUCAUGCCCAGCUAAUUUUUUUUUGUUUGUUUUUUGUUUUUUGAGACAAAGUCUCCUUCUAUCGCCCAGGCUGGAGUGCAGUUGCACAAUCUUGGCUCCCUGCAACCUCUGCCUCCUGGGUUGAAGCGAUUCUCCUGCCUCAGCCUCCGAGUAGCUGGGACUACAGGCCUGCACCACCAUGCCCAGCUAAUUUUUGUAUUUUUAGUAGAGACAGGGUUUCUCCAUGUUGCCCAGGCUGAUCUCAAACUCCUGGGCUCAAGCAAUCUGCCCAUUUUAGCCUCCCAAAAUGCUGGGAUUAUAGGAGUGUAUUAGUCUGUUCUCAUGCUGCUAAUAAAGAUACCUAAGACUGGGUAAUUUACAAAGGAAAGAGGCUUAACUGACACACAUUUCCACGUGGCCAGGGAGGCCUCACAAUCAUGGUGGAAGGCAAAUGAGAAGCAAAGUCAUGUCUUACAUGGCGGCAGGCAAGAGAGCUUGUGCAGGGAAACUCCCAUUUAUAAACCCACCAGAGCUCAUGAAACUUAUUCACUACCAUGAGAAUAGUAUGGGGGAAAUCGUUCCCAUGACUCAAGUAUCUCCACCUGGCCCUGCCCUUGCCACAUGGGGGUUAUUAAAAUUCAAGGUGACACUUGUGUGGAGACACAGCCAAACCAUAUCACAGGCAUGAGCUACCACGCCCGCCAGCAUGUCUUUUUUAAACAUUUUAAAAUCUAUUCUUUAUCUUGUUUCAGAGAGGAUUUGGAGUUACAGAAACACAUUAGACUGGGCAUGGUGGCUCACACUUGUAAUCCCAGCACUUCGGGAGGUUUCUCCUAGUGUACUCUCACACUUCUGAUACCAGAUAUGUGGGGGGAGGGGGUUUCCCCCACACAUUAAGCAAGUGUGAAACAUGAUAUAGAAAAAUGACUUCACUCUGGGCUGGGUGUAGUGGCUCACGCCUGUAAUCCUAACACUUUGGGAAGCCGAGGUGGGCAGAUCACCCGAGGUCAGGAGUUCAAGACCUAGCCAACAUGGCAAAACCUUGUCUUAACUAAAAAUAGAAAAAUUAGUUGGGGGUAGUGGCAGCCGCCUGUAAUCCCAGCUAUUCGAGAGGCUGAGGCAGGAGAACUGGUUGAACCGGGGAGGCAGAGGUUGCAGUGAGCCAAGAUCAUGCCACUGCACUCUAGCCUGGGUGACAGAGUGAAACUCUGCCUCAAAAAAUAAAAUAAAGGCCAGGCAUGGUGGCUCACGCCUAUAAUCCCAGCACUUUCAGAGGCCGAGGCAGGUGGGUCACAAGGUCAAGAGUUUGAGACCAGCCUUAGCAACAUGGUGAAGGUGAACUCCGACUCUACUAAAAAUACAAAAGUUAGCUGGGUGUGGUGGUGUGCAUCUGUAAUCCCAGCUACUUAGGAGUCUGAGGCAGGAGAAUCGCUUGAACCCGGGAGACACAGGUUGCAGUGAGCCGAGACUGCACCACUGCACUCCAGCCUAGGUGAUAGAGUGAGACUCCAUCUUAAAAAAUAAAUAAAAUAAAUGACAUCACUCUGGUUCAGAGCUCUAAAAUGGAGGGAGGAAGCCAUUCUAAAAAGGACUCCCUACAUGACCUGCAACUUGAAAAAAAAUUAAAAGCUCCAAAAAAAAAACAAUACGGGAGCUUACCUUGAACCUUUGAAUUGGGCCAAAUUGCGAUGACCACUGCAUCCUGGAAAAUUUUAUUUCACCAGCACUACAACUCCUCAACAGCACCAACCAAUAAACUAUGGAUUUUUGUACUAAGCCAGUCGCCUCUUUCAAAACAACUUGUCAACUUGUCUAAUCAUCCUCAGCUUUUUUUAAAAACCCCUCCUCUACCCUCUCUCUUCAGAACACAAGUGGCUUCUACCUGAAUCUGUCUCCCAAAUUGCAAUUCCUAAGACCUCAAUAAAAACACCUUGUCUUGCUG